AUGUGUGUUGUUCCCGCUUUUGUACAAAACACAGUAGACUCGUUACCGCAAUCCACUGUUACAAACGUCACAACUAACGAUGUACUAAUAUCUAGCCUAAGCACAGAAAACUCUAAUGUAUUGACCGAGAUUACUACCAUCCCUGAUUUCGAUACAACCGAUAAAGCUGACCAAUUUUUGACAACCGAGAUUAAUCAAAUAAUAAUAAGUUCUUCGAUACCGACGAAAAUGUUUAAAGGAGACGACUUACAUUUCGAUAAAAACGAUAUGCCCGAUAUAACUACGAUUGAGCCGAUAACAGCUGAUAGCGUUACAAUUACUGAUCCUUCGAUAAAAUUAUUUGAUGAGUACACUACCAAAAACGCGUUCAAUCUACCGGACGAACGACAAGAAAACGAAAACAAUGUUAGUUCGACUAGUAGCACUGUUUGGAUCGAUUCCGAUGAAAAAACGACACCUAUAACUACAACUGAUAUAAAUGAAGACAAUGAAACAAAUACAAAUAUACUUCAGAGCGUAACAUCAGAAUCCAACUUUCAAAUAAGUACUGUUUCUAAUUUAAUAAAUAACAGUGAUAAUGUUGGUGAAAACUCGACUCAGCAUUCUGUAUCAAAAACAGAUGAAAUAACAAAUAAAUCUGAUCGCGUAACAUCAGAACCUAACCUUAAAAUAAGCACUGUUCCUAAUUUAAUAAGCAACGGUGAUAAUUUCAUUGAAAUGUCGACUCAAUAUUUUGUACCAAAAACAGUUGAAACGACAACAAUGUAUGAUAAUAAUGUAGAAGCGAUAACUAUUAACGAAGGCAAAGAAUCCACUUUAAAAACCACUACAAUCAAUGCUCAGACAUCAACAACCGAAAACACUAUGGGUUCAACUCAAAUGAAGCAAGAUUCAUUUAAGACAACUACCUUAAAUCCUAUAGAAAAUGAAACAAAAUCAUUCAAUGGCAAUUUUGACGACAAUUUAUCGUUGACCACUGACACACCAGACGUUGAUUUUGACCCAAAUUCAAUCACAGAAAGUGUCACUAAGUCACAAAAUAAAAUAAAUAUUCAAACGACCGAGUUUUCGGAAGAUUUAACAGGAACGACCACAAUCGGUAUGUCUAAUACAUUUUUCUCAACUACAACACCUGAUGAUUUUAAAACUAGUCCUACCGAUGACUUGAUAAAUGAAAUAGACACGACUACCCAAAAUGUGAUUCGGGGUUACGAUUCAAAUAUGAUAGAAAUUACGACGAAAAAUAAUAAGAAAAAUCUUACAGUGCUUAAUAAUGAUGACAAUAAUAAUGUGCAAAUUACUUCAACAAUGUUUGAUCGUGAUAACAUAUACACAAGUACUGAUAAAAGUAUAUUAUUAUUCAAUAAAAAUGAAUCUACAGAGAGCUCAACCAACCUCAUAAUCUCCCAAACUUCCUACGACAUUUUAAAUGUCGAUACUGAACAGACGGUUUUGGAAACUACAUCAAGUUCAAAUUUUAUACCAAAUACAGUUCAAAGUAUGAGCGAAAAUCCUGAAUUGACGACAAAUGUUAUACCCAGUACUGUUCAAAGUAUAAGCGAAAAUCCUGAAUUGACGACAAAUGUUAUACCCAGUACUGUUCAAAGUAUAAGCGAAAAUCCUGAAUUGACGACGAAUGUUAUUCCCAGUACUGUUCAAAGUAUGAACGAAAAUCCUAAAUUGACGACAAAUGUUAUACCCAGUACUAUUCAAAGUAUGAACGAAAAUCCUGAAUUGACGACAAAUGUUAUACCCAAUACUGUUCAAAGUAUAAGCGAAAAUCCUGAAUUGACGACGAAUGUUAUUCCCAGUACUGUUCAAAGUAUGAACGAAAAUCCUAAAUUGACGACAAAUGUUAUACCCAGUACUAUUCAAAGUAUGAACGAAAAUCCUGAAUUGACGACAAAUGUUAUACCCAGUACUGUUCAAAGUUUGAGCGAAAAUACUGAAAUGACUACAAAUGUUAUACCCAGUACUGUUCAAAGUAUAAGCGAAAAUCCUGAAUUGACGACAAAUGUUAUACCCAGUACUGUUCAAAGUAUAAGCGAAAAUCCUGAAUUGACGACAAAUGUUAUUCCCAGUACUGUUCAAAGUAUGAACGAAAAUCCUGAAUUGACGACAAAUGUUAUACCCAUUACUGUUCAAAGUAUAAGCGAAAAUCCUGAAUUGACGACAAAUGUUAUUCCCAGUACUGUUCAAAGUAUAAGCGAAAAUCCUGAAUUGACGACAAAUGUUAUACCCAGUACUGUUCAAAGUAUAAGCGAAAAUCCUGAAUUGACGACAAAUAUUAUUCCCAGUACUGUUCAAAGUAUGAACGAAAAUCCUGAAUUGACGACAAAUGUUAUACCCAGUACUGUUCAAAGUAUGAACGAAGAUCCUGAAUUGACGACAAAUGUUAUACCCAGUACUGUUCAAAGUAUGAAUGAAAAUCCUGAAUUGACGACAAAUUUUGUACCCAGCACUGUUCAAAGUAUGAUUAAAAAUCCUGAAUUGACGACCGAAACUUCAAACGAAUCUAUGAAUUCUAGAACAAUUUAUUUCGAUGAACAAAAUGAAAUAAAAAAUAAUGUACAAGGUACAACGAAGUCAUACUCGGAAAUAAGUUCAGAAUAUGAUAAAAACAAGGUAGAAAAGAACUCAACAGAAAGUCCUAGUGUUGUAAAAUUUAACACGACUACAGUUCCCACUGAAUUAGAUAACAAUUUACAAGUUAAUAAUAUUUCUUCAUUUUUAGAAACUACUACGUCAAAUUUACUCUCUGUGUCUAUAAGUACAAUAGACAAUCAAGAAGGUACAACAUUAGUUACAUUAAACGAAUUUGUAAACUCCAAAUUUAAUGACACAACUGACUUAAAUGAGAAUGAAGAAACAACAACAAAGUCUUACAUGUCAUCAACUAAUUAUAAUUAUUCAAACGAGGUUACUGAUCAAUUUAAUGAAAACGAUCAAGAACUCACCACAAAAAGUUCAGAAAAAAUUGUUGAAGUUUUUACCAGAAAUACAACUGACACAUUUGAUGAAGAAAAAGAACUUCUCUAUACAACUAAUAAUCCUACUACACCUUCAGUGACUACUAUCGGAGACGUAAGAAUCGAAACCGAUAAAACACUAGACGAUGAAACUACAACUAUUUCCAAGAUAAUAAUUAAUGGCAUUGGUACGACAUCUAUAAAUUUAAUAAACAAAGACAUAAAAACGACGAUGGUUGAUGCGACCGACAAAAAUAUAGAAAACGAUUUUACACUUGUUAGUACAAUAGAAACGACUCUCCGCCCGAUGACAAUUAGUUCAAAUGCAGAAAUCAUAACUUCGAAUAAUCAAAUUGAUGAGUACACAACCGUGAACAGCGUCAUGUCCAAUAACUCAACCGAUGAAAACACUCAACGACCUAUACCAACAGAUGAUAGUGAAGCGGCAACCACCGUGACGGCACUCAAUCAUCAAGUGACGAACAAAUCUGUCGAGAAUCCAUCUAAUUCGACUGGUACAGGUGACGAAGUGAUGACUAGUGCUCCCGAAUUCACUACACAGAUCGUCGAGUCGUCAAUAAUUCCCGGAUCAGUAAAUAUAAACGAUAGUAAUGUGUCCCAAGGCGUUAUAAAAAAAUGGGAAACGCUGUUCGGUGGUACGGGAAGUGUACCGCCCGUAAGCGAAUCUACAAUCGUUGUGGGAACCCGUCUUACGACAGUAAUUAACGGUGUGGAAGAUACCGUAUUAAACACAGAACCUACCGAAACUAUUGUUUCGAAAGAAAUGUUUUCGGAAAACCACCGUGUAACAAACGAUUCUGUAAACAACGACGUGGCUAAUAGUAUGGAAUAUGAUUUAACAACGACCGUUCGUACACGUGGGAAAAAUGAAAGUGUUAUAACAUCGACUAGCGCCGCGGAUAGAGAUGAUACAAUCUCCGCGAACGAAAUGUAUACAAUGGAUAAUGAGGUAACCACUGGAUCAGAUUUUGAAAGAAAAAACGAAUCUAUUGUUUCAACACAAAUUUAUGGAGACCGGACCGAUAACAUUUUACCUGGCGGCGAUCGAACAACACAACAAAUUAUGACGUUCGAUUCAGAAAAUAAUACGUUGUUCGAAACGACCACUGCAACAAAUACACCUAUGGCAACGGACGGUGCGAUAUUUACAUCUAAAGAUACGGAUUUCAAAUACGCAAAUCGAGAAACCACCACGGUCACAAUUAUGACCAUGGCUGAUUGGAUUAAAACUAAGAGUACCACUCCGAAAGCAUCUUACAAUGAAAUCGAUACCGAGAAAAGCGUAGAAAACAAUUUAUUCAACUCUCCGACAGAAUCUAACGCACCCGAAAAUGGUGAUGCUGCUAUGACAGAUAUUCCCCCCCUGGAGCCGUUGGAAAAGACAGACAACGGAGACCAAGUCGAGACGUCUUCGAUCAUAUCAAUAAACGACGCCACCACUAUGAUGAAUUUGUUUACGACAUCUAUAGAAGUGCUUGUGUCGAGCUUAAACGCUGAAAACGAUUCGACAACUAUUGCAGCUGAUAAUACAAUCGCCCCUACAACUGAUGCAGUUACAAGCGCAUUUACGGAUAAUUACGAGACCACGACAUUUACGGGCUCGAACAAGAGUGGUAUGGGCAAUUUAAAUCCGCACGAAAUUACGUAUGACUUGACGACCAUUCGAGGGUACACGGACGUGACGUCCGAGUCGAACGACACCACCGAUAGCCCCACGGAAAGAUAUACCGUUUUACCACCGACCGAAGAGACUACGUUUAAUUUUCAAACAGAAUCCCCUUACAAAACUGAUAUUUUUAACAACGAAUCGACGUCCCGCGAUACCGACCUAGACACGACGGACUUGAAUGAUGAUAAUGACAAUAAUAUGUUGACUACAACCGAAUACACUAUAACGUCUAAGAGCAUUGAAAUCGAAGAUGUCACUGCAAUACCCGCAAACCACAACCAAACGAAUGUAAACAACAGCUACUCUGUACAACAACAAAUAAUAACCACAGCAACCAGAAAAUGGUGUUGGAACGAUACCGAUUGUGACGCCGGCCACAAGUGUUUGGCAGCCAAGUGUCUACCAACAGGUGAAAGCCGCGUAAAUAACUGUCCGCCCGGAAUCAUCACGUUACAGUGUCUUAAAGCACCAGGUACCGCGAAAAAGCCUCAAGUAUGCGAAUCCGACACGGAAUGUCUGGACUCGGAAGCUUGUUACAUGGGACAGUGUGAGAAUCUGUGUAGUUUUUCGACGGUAUGUGCUCCAAAUGCCAAAUGCCACGUGAUAAAACACAGACCCGUCUGUUCGUGUCCCCCAGGAUACGAAGGCAACCCGGCCACAAAGUGUUAUCAACCGAAACUGUUAACCUGCAUUACGAACAACGAUUGUACGAACGGCGAAGUUUGCAUCCAGCAAAUUUGCCAAAACCAGUGCAACGUUCAUAACCCGUGCGCUCAAAACGCAGCGUGCAUUAACACCGCUCAUGGAGUCGAUUGCAGCUGCGUUGAAGGAUUUCAAGGCAACGGAUUUGUAGGAUGUCUGCCAGUUCGAUCGUACAAGCCCAUUUGCCAAUACAACGAAGACUGUCCGCCAGAUAAAUUAUGUGAUCGAUUAAAUCGAGUAUGUAUAAAUCCGUGUGCUGAAGACUCUUGUGGUGAAAAUGCUGAGUGCUAUCCUGUAAACCACGGUACAGAAUGCAGAUGUUUACAAGGCCAUCAAGGAAAUCCAUACAUCUCGUGUGCAUCAGUCACCGGAUGUCGGUCGAAUAAUGAAUGCUCAACUAACGAAGCUUGCAUCAAUGGAAAAUGCUCUAACCCAUGUCGAUGUGGUCCAAAUGCCGUCUGUGACGUCGUAAACCAUAAGGCAACAUGCAAGUGUCUUGCAGGCUACAAUGGAAAUCCAUUAUUAGGAUGUCAAGUACCUCAAAACCCAUGUGAUCCAAAUCCUUGUGGAAUGCACGCUCUUUGCGAAAUCGACAAUGGAAAUCCAAUUUGCUACUGUCCGAAAGGAAUGACAGGAAAUCCAUUUAAAAGUUGCAUUCCUGAAGGUGAUGAAUGCUCACCAAAUCCAUGUGGUCCCUACUCUGGAUGCAGAGUAGUUCAAGGUUCUGCAGUUUGUUUCUGUUUAUCUGAGUAUGAAGGGGAUCCUCCCAUCACACCUUGCCGUUUACCAACCAAUCCUUGCACACCCUCUCCAUGUGGACCUAACACUCAGUGUACAUUGUUGGAUAAUGGAUUUGCCAAAUGUACAUGCUUGCCAGGAUAUAUCGAGAGUCCAAACACAAUACGUGGAUGUGUAGAGAAGAAGAAUCCAUGUGAACCAAAUCCAUGUGGACAAAGCGCCGUAUGCGAUCCAAACAGGCAGCCAUCAUGUUUCUGCCCAGAGCCAUUAAUUGGAAAUCCGUAUAAGUUUUGUGGUGAAUCACUGAAAACCUUAUGUCAACCGGGACCUUGUGGUGCAAAUGCAGAUUGUUAUGUAACUGGAAGCAAUGAACAGUGUUAUUGUAAAAAUGGCUAUUCAGGAAACCCUUACGAUGGUUGUAUUUCAAUUCCAACGAGUCCAUGUGAACCAAAUCCAUGUGGAAAAUAUGCAUACUGCAAAAUUUCAUCAGAAGGAACACCGUUAUGUUCCUGUCCUGAUGGCAUGGGUGGAGACCCACUAACAGGAUGUAAAGGCCCGGAAUGUACAACUAAUGAUGAUUGUCCAUGGGAUAAAUCAUGCUUAGGCUACAAAUGUAAUAAUCCAUGUCCAGGAGCAUGUGGAGUAGGGGCUUCGUGCAAAGUUGAAAAACAUCGCCCUGUAUGUACAUGUAAUCGUGGACUAACUGGAAAUCCAUUCUUCCGCUGUUAUCAAAUAAGUUUGGAUCCAGCUCCAACUGGAAAUCCAUGUUUACCUAACCCAUGUGGAAUUAAUACUGAAUGUAAAAUUCAAAAUCGUAAACCCGUAUGUACAUGCCUAACAAAUUUCGUUGGAGAUCCUAAGACUGGAUGUCAGCCUGAAUGUGUUUUAAAUACUGAUUGUAAGAAUCAUCAAGCUUGUAUUGAUUACCGAUGCCGAGAUCCAUGUGCAUUUGGAAACAUUUGUGGUCUUGGAGCAGUAUGCCAAUGCAAAGAUCAUACACCGCUAUGUUCUUGUAGAGAAGGUUUUGUUGGAGAUCCAUUCCUACAAUGUUUACCAAAACCUGAUGACGAGCCAUUUAAAAAUAUGACUCUGCCCUGUGCGCCUUCACCAUGUGAUCCAUAUUCUUCAUGUAAUGUGUAUGGUGGUCAAAUAGCAAUGUGUGAUCCCUGCUCUUCAAUUGAACAACAAUGGAAUCCACAAUGUCAUCCUCAAUGUUUAUACAACUCUGAUUGCCCAUUCAAUUUAGCUUGUGUGGGACAAAAAUGUAUUGAUCCUUGUCCAGGAUCCUGUGGUAUUCAAGCUGAAUGUACUGUUGUGUAUCAUAAUCCAAUUUGUUCAUGCCAAUCGGGACUAAUAGGAAAUCCAUACGAACACUGUACUACUCCAAAACAAAAUGAUGUGGCUAAGCCUAUUUCAUGCGAUCAAGUGCAAUGUGGAGCAAAUGCUGUAUGCAAAAAAUCAAAUGGAAUGACUAUUUGUGUUUGCCGUCAACAAUAUUAUGGAAAUCCGUACUUAUCAUGUCGGCCCGAAUGUGUUAUAAAUACUGAUUGUGGUCAAACAUUAUCUUGUAUUAAUAACAAAUGCGUUAAUCCUUGCUUGGGUGUAUGUGGCGUUAACGCGCAAUGCCAAGUAGUUAAUCAUUUCCCUGUAUGUUUCUGUCAACAAGAUUAUUCAGGAGAUCCUUUUGUUAGCUGUUAUCAAGCUGCUAGACCAAAUUAUCCACCAAUAAUGGGCCCGGCAGAUAAUGCUUGUGAUCCCUCUCCGUGCGGUUCUAACAGUCGCUGUCAUAUUUCGGAACAAGGAUUUGCAACAUGUUCGUGCUUACCAGGAUAUCGUGGCUCUCCACCAGUAUGUAAACCAGAGUGUGUAGUAAGCGCGGAAUGCCCUCAAACUCAAGCUUGCUUAAAUCAAAAAUGUGUUGACCCAUGUCCCGGUACAUGUGGUGUUGGAGCUAAUUGUUAUUCUAUUUGCCAUAAUCCGAUCUGUAGUUGUCCACCAGGACACGUGGGUGAUCCUUUCGUUAGCUGUCAUUUACCACUUGGUGAAGAAACUCCUAAAAUACCUGGAAAUCCUUGUGAACCUACACCAUGUGGUCCAAAUUCGAUUUGUGAAAUUAAAAAAGGUCAUCCAGUUUGUUCAUGUUCUCCAAAUUAUAUUGGAAGUCCACCAUAUUGCCGUCCAGAAUGUAUAAUGAAUCAUGAAUGUCCACAUAACAAAGCAUGCAUUCAAGAAAAAUGUCAAAACCCAUGCACAAAAUCAUGCGGCUUGAAUGCUAAAUGUGAUGUUGUUAAUCAUACACCAUUCUGUACUUGUGUAUCAGGUUACGAAGGAGAUGCAUUUAUAAGCUGUACUAGAAUUCCACCAACUGUGUUACCUGAAAUUCCAAGAGAUCCAUGUAACCCUUCACCAUGUGGUGACAAUACUCAAUGUUUUAGUGAAAACAAUGGAGUCUCAAAAUGUGUUUGCAUACCACCUUAUAUCGGUAACCCUUACUCUGGUGGAUGUAGGCCAGAAUGUUUGAUGAAUAGUGAUUGUAUGUCAAACUUGGCAUGUUUGGCUAGCCAUUGUCGAGAUCCAUGCCCAGGUGUAUGUGGUCUCAAUGCUCAAUGUAAUGUUGUUAGUCAUAUACCAGUUUGUACUUGUUUCCCCGGUUAUAUCGGAGAUCCAUUCCAAUCUUGUAGAAUAGAACCAAUUAAUCCACCAACUCCCCAAAAUCCUUGUGAACCUUCACCUUGUGGUCCAAAUAGUCAGUGUCGUACUCAAGGUUAUAAUGCAGUUUGCUCAUGUAUACAAGGUUUUAUCGGAACCCCUCCUUCUUGUAGACCAGAAUGCGUUGUAAGUGCUGAAUGUCCAGUAGAUAAGGCAUGUAUAGCACAAAAGUGUUCAGAUCCUUGUCCUGGAACAUGUGGAUUACAUGCUCGGUGUAAUGUAAUUAAUCACAAUCCCAUUUGUACUUGUCCACCGAAAUUCGUGGGUGAUCCAUUUGUGAGGUGUAUUCAAGAAGAACCUAAAACACCUCCGGUCGUUUACCAAGAUCCUUGUUUCCCGUCACCAUGUGGUGCUAAUUCUGAAUGUAGAGAACAUGAUAGUAGACCUGUCUGUUCAUGUUUACCGGGAAUGCUCGGAGCUCCGCCAAACUGUCGACCAGAAUGCUUAAUUCACGCUGACUGUCCAACUAGAUUAGCUUGUCUACAGAGUAAAUGUCGAGAUCCUUGUACCGGAUCUUGUGGGUUCAAUUCUAGAUGUACUGUAAUCAACCAUCAACCAGUGUGUUCAUGUGAGCCGGGCUACCAAGGUGAUCCAUUUAAUGGAUGUAAUGCUGUCGCAGCAAAACCAAAAGGAAAACCACGCCUGUCUUGUUAUGGUACUACUUGCGGCCAUAAUGCAAUAUGUAAGAGCAAUAUUAACAAUAUAACUUGCGUUUGUAAGAAUAAUUACCUUGGGGACCCAUACAUUGGAUGUCGUCCUCGUUGUACACUCAGCGCAGAAUGUCCUAGAUCAUUUGCUUGUGUUAAUUCUGAAUGCAUCGAUCCAUGCAAAAAUGCAUGUGGCCUGCGCGCUCGUUGUCGAGUAGUCAACCAUAGUCCAAUUUGCUUUUGUCCAAAUGGCAUGACCGGCAAUCCACUAACAAUAUGCAACAAGAUAUCAAAUUCUCCUAAUAUUCCUCAUAAGCCAAAUUCGCUUUGCAUGCCAAAUCUCUGUGGGCCAUUCAGUAAUUGCUCAAUAAUCAAAAACCGCGUUGUGUGUUUAUGCCAGUAUGGUUAUACUGGUACGCCACCCAACUGCAAACCAGACUGCGUAAUUAGCUCAGAAUGUGCACCAAAUAAAGCUUGUGUUAAUCAACGGUGCACAGACCCUUGUUCAGGUUUAUGUGCACCCAAUUCCCAUUGCCGGGUAAUUAAUCAUAAAGCCAUAUGUGUUUGUAAACCUGGUUUUAGUGGCGAUCCUAUGAAACGGUGUCUCAAAACAGAAAAAUGCACGGACAAUAACACUAAUCCAUGUGAUAAGAACCCGUGCGGACCUUAUUCGGUCUGCCGUUCUUAUGACAAACAACCCGUAUGUUCUUGUCAAGCUGGGUACAUGGGUUUACCGCCAAAUUGCCGUCCGGAAUGUACUUUAAAUGCAGAUUGUAACCGCACAAAGGUGUGCGUUAAUAACCGCUGUACUAACCCAUGCCCGGGUAGCUGUGCGCCUCAAGCAUUUUGCAGUGUGGUCAACCACAGACCUUUGUGCAUGUGUCCGGAAGGAUAUACUGGAGAUCCUUUUAAAAUAUGUUCAUUAUUACCAUCUUUCGAUUAUACGCCUGUAACUCCUUGCAACCCUUCACCGUGUGGAGCAAACGCUGUGUGUAAAGAAUCAAAUGGUGCCGGUUCUUGUUCAUGUAUCCCAGAAUAUUUUGGCGAUCCUUACUCUGGAUGUCGACCAGAAUGUGUAAACAAUCUCGAUUGCGCUUGGAAUAAAGCAUGCAUCAAUUACAAAUGUAUAGAUCCUUGUAUUGGUGCUUGUGGUUUAUAUGCUGAAUGCAAGGUCAGCAACCAUGCUCCGACUUGCUAUUGUUUGCAAGGGUACACCGGAAGUGCUUUAUUAUCAUGUCAUAAAAUUGAGUUUGAUCCAACAUGUGAAGUUGAUUUGGUUAUUACGAAAAACCCUUGCAUGAAAUCGCCUUGUGGGCAAUACAGUCAGUGUCGAGCUGUAAAUGGCCAUGCAGUAUGCUCUUGUUUACCUGGAUACUUUGGAAAUCCUCCAAAUUGUCAUCCAGAGUGCAUAACUAGUUCAGAUUGUCCACAAGAUAAAUCAUGUGUAAAUCAAAUCUGUUCAGACCCAUGUCCAGGCACAUGUGGUUACAACGCACAAUGUCGAGUUGUUAAUCAUAGUCCGAUAUGUAGUUGCUAUUCAGGUUAUUACGGUGAUCCAUUUGUUCGUUGUGCUAUUAUUGAAAAGCCUCCGCCACCAGAACAGGAUAGACUACCACAGAACCCUUGUGUUCCAUCACCAUGUGGUCCAAAUUCUAUAUGUCAUCCCAAAGAUUAUACUCCUACCUGUUCUUGUUUACCAAACUAUAUUGGUCGACCUCCUUGCUGCAGACCAGAAUGCACAAUAAAUGCCGAAUGCUUUGGCAAUUUAGCUUGUGUUAAUGAAAGGUGUAUAGAUCCUUGUCCUGGUUCCUGUGGUAUCAACGCCUUUUGUAAAGUGAUUUCCCAUAAUCCUGUAUGUAAAUGCAAUGACGGGUAUACCGGUGAUCCAUUUAUAGCCUGCCGACCGACACAAAUUUCACUACCACCACCAGCUGAUGUGCCAAGUGAUCCGUGUAACCCAUCACCAUGUGGGGCAAAUGCUAUUUGCAAAGAAAGAAAUAAUGCUGGAUCUUGUACAUGUAUUCCUGAAUAUACAGGGGAUCCUUAUACAGGAUGUAGACCAGAGUGCGUGCUAAAUAGUGAAUGUCCUAGAGACAGAGCUUGCAUAAACAAUAAGUGUCGUGACCCAUGUCCAGGAAUGUGUGGUUUAUAUGCUGAAUGCAGAGUUAUCAACCAUUCUCCUUCAUGUGCUUGUCUUCCAGGAUAUACUGGCAAUCCAUUGUCUGCUUGUCAACUUCUCCCAGUUGCCAGCCCAGAUCUACCACCUAAAAACCCUUGCAUACCUUCACCUUGUGGCCCGUACAGUCAAUGCAGGACAAUAAAUGACCAUGCUGUUUGUUCAUGUCAAACAAAUUAUAUCGGUACACCCCCAGCUUGUCAUCCAGAAUGUAUGGUUAGUUCUGAAUGUGCUCAAGAUAAGGCAUGUGUCAAUCAAAAAUGCGUAGACCCAUGUCCCGGAACCUGUGGCCUCAAUGCGCGGUGUCAAGUUGUCAACCACAAUCCUAUAUGUAGCUGUUCAGCUGGAUAUACUGGUGAUCCAUUUGUCCGAUGCUUACAAGAAAAACCAACAUAUUACGAUGAACCAUCAAUUCCAACUAAUCCGUGCGUUCCAUCUCCAUGUGGACCUAAUUCUUUAUGCCGCGAUCACAGUGGAACUCCUGCAUGUUCAUGUUUGUCUAAUUAUAUUGGUCGGCCACCAAAUUGCCGCCCAGAAUGUACAAUUAAUGCCGAAUGCCCUGGAAAUCUCGCUUGUGUUAACGAAAAAUGUCGAGAUCCAUGUCCUGGCUCAUGUGGAAUAUACGCAACAUGUAAUACAGUAAAACAUGUACCUCAGUGUGUUUGUCAAAAUGGAUACACUGGAGAUCCAUUUAGUGGAUGUUCACUCAUACAACAAAUUCCAACUGAAGGGCCAAAGAUGCCUUGCAAUCCAUCACCAUGUGGAGCAAAUGCAGUAUGUAAAGAACGGAAUGGUGCUGGUUCUUGUUCGUGCUUACCAGAAUAUUUUGGAGAUCCAUAUACUGGAUGUAGGCCCGAAUGUGUGACCAAUUCUGAUUGUGAUCGUAGUAAAUCUUGUAUGAACAAUAAAUGUCGCGAUCCAUGUCCAGGAGUCUGUGGUUUGAAUGCAGAAUGCAGAGUUAUUAACCACUCACCGUCUUGCUAUUGCCCAGUGGGUUAUACUGGAGAUCCAACGUUAUCUUGCUACAUUCAACCAUUACUUGAUCCAGAACCACCCACAAAUCCAUGUAUCCCUUCACCGUGUGGCCCUUACAGUCAAUGCAGACCUGUCAAUAAUCAUGCUGUAUGUUCAUGCCAAACAGAUUACAUUGGAACGCCACCAUCAUGUCGGCCAGAGUGUAUGGUGAGCUCUGAAUGUCCACAAGAUAAAGCAUGUGUUAGAAAGAAAUGUAUAGACCCAUGUCCUGGUACAUGUGGAUCAAAUGGAAGAUGUCAAGUGGUCAAUCAUAAUCCAAUUUGCAGUUGUCCUCCCGGUUAUAACGGAGAUCCAUUUGUAAGGUGCUUCAAAGAACAACCACCACCAGCUGAUAUACCAACCAAUCCAUGUGUGCCAUCUCCAUGUGGUCCAAAUUCGGUAUGUCGUGAAAUUGGUCACACCCCAGCAUGUUCAUGUUUGGACAGUUACAUUGGACGACCACCUAAUUGUCGACCAGAAUGUACCAUCAAUGCUGAAUGCCCAGGAAAUUUAGCAUGUUCAAAAGAAAGAUGUAAAGACCCAUGUCCUGGUUCAUGUGGAAUAUAUGCCACGUGUGUAACAAUAAACCAUAGUCCACAAUGUAACUGUGAACCAGGUUAUACAGGAGAUCCAUUUGCUGGAUGUUCAUUAAUACAACAAGUUGUUCCAACUGAAGGACCUAAAAUGCCCUGUAACCCAUCGCCAUGUGGAGCAAACGCUAUAUGCAAAGAACGUAAUGGAGCAGGAUCUUGUAUAUGUUUACCAGAAUAUUUUGGAGAUCCUUACACGGGAUGUAGACCAGAAUGUGUCACUAAUUCAGAAUGUGAUAGGAGUAAAGCAUGCGUAAAUAAUAAAUGCCGUGAUCCUUGUCCUGGUACUUGUGGACUUAAUGCAGAUUGUAGUGUUAUCAAUCACACACCAUCGUGUACAUGUUUCCCAGGUUAUACUGGCAAUCCUAUUACCGCAUGUCAUAUGCCACCACCAAUGGAUGAAAUACCUAAGAAUCCAUGUGAACCAUCACCAUGUGGGCCUUAUAGCGUAUGUAGAACUGUGAAUGACCAUGCAGUAUGUUCUUGUCAAACUAACUAUAUUGGUACUCCUCCGGGUUGUCGUCCAGAAUGUGUAGUUAGUUCAGAAUGUCCUCAAAACAGAGCUUGUAUUAAUCAAAAAUGUUCAGACCCUUGUAUUGGAAUAUGUGGUAUAGGAGCCAGGUGCCAAGUCAUAAAUCACAAUCCAAUUUGCAGUUGUCCAAGUGGUUUAAUUGGUGAUCCAUUUGUUCAAUGCAAAUCAGAACCACGACCAACUCAGCCACCACCAAGUGGAAACCCUUGUGUUCCAUCUCCAUGUGGUCUGAAUUCCAUAUGCCGUGAAGUUGGCUCAACACCAGCAUGCUCUUGUCAGCCAAAUUAUAUAGGAAGACCACCAAACUGUCGCCCAGAAUGUUCGAUAAAUGCAGAAUGUCCAGGAAAUCUUGCUUGCUUAAACGAACGUUGCAAAGAUCCUUGUCCUGGUUCUUGUGGGGUACACGCAACUUGUGUAACACGUAACCAUAGACCACAGUGUACUUGUGAAACUGGAUAUACUGGAGAUCCAUUUGCUGGGUGUUCCAUAGUUCAACAAAUUCCUCCUACUGAAGGACCGAGGGAUCCAUGUAAUCCGUCUCCAUGUGGAGCUAAUGCUAUUUGUCGAGAAAAGAACGGAGCCGGUUCUUGUGCUUGUCUCCCUGAAUAUUUCGGUGAUCCAUACACGGGAUGUAGACCUGAAUGUGUUACAAAUGCAGAUUGUGAUCGUACAAAAGCAUGUGCAAAUAACAAAUGUAAGGAUCCAUGUCCUGGAACAUGUGGCCUUAACGCAGAAUGUAAAGUUCUAAACCACGCACCUUCGUGCAGUUGUGUACCUGGAUACACUGGUGAUCCGUUGAGCAUAUGCCAGGUUAUACCCAUAACUGAAGCUACGCCGAUAGAUCCGUGUGUUCCAUCUCCAUGUGGACCUAACAGUCAAUGCAGAGAACUAAACGACCAUGCCGUCUGUUCUUGUUUAAGUUCUUUUAUCGGUACACCCCCAUCUUGUCGUCCUGAAUGCGUUGUCAGUUCAGAGUGUAGUCAAAACAAAGCUUGUGUUAAUCAAAAAUGUAGCGACCCCUGCAUUGGUACUUGCGGCCUGAAUACAAGGUGUCAAGUAGUAAAUCACAAUCCCAUUUGUAGCUGUUCCCCCGGAUAUACGGGCGAUCCUUUUGCUUCUUGCAAUAAAAUACAACCCACAACCACUCCUUCACCGCCUACAGCCCCUUGCUCUCCGUCACCUUGUGGACCUCACUCUCAAUGUAGAGUGGUGAGCAAUACAGCUGCAUGUUCUUGUUUGCAAAACUACAUUGGUCGGCCACCCAAUUGUAGGCCCGAGUGUGUUAUUAGCGCGGAAUGCUCAAGUAACUUGGCAUGUAUCAAUGAAAAAUGCUCUGAUCCAUGCCCAGGAUCAUGUGGACAAUAUGCUCAUUGUAGAGUUAUCAAUCACCACCCAGUUUGUACUUGUUUACCUGGGUACACUGGCGAUGCGCUUACAUAUUGCCAACUAUUACCUACCUCUACCGAAAGAUCACCAGAAGCUGUAGAUCCUUGUUAUCCAUCACCAUGUGGUCCAAAUUCAGAUUGUGUCAACCGAAAUGGAGUAGCUGCUUGUACGUGCUCUACAGGAUUCUUCGGUGAUCCUUACACAGGAUGCCGAAGAGAAUGUGAAAACAACGACGAUUGUAAUUUGGCCUUGGCUUGCAUUGGUUAUAAAUGCAUAGAUCCUUGUCCAGGAACAUGUGGUUCUGAGGCAUUAUGUACAGUUGUGAAACAUAUACCUAUUUGCUCUUGUCCACCAUCUUUUACUGGUGAUCCAUUUACUUCUUGUCGUCCGAUACCAGUUAUACCAACACAAAGAGAACCGAUUGACCCAUGCCAUCCAUCCCCGUGUGGACCUAACAGCCAGUGUCGUAAAAUUAAUGAUCAAGCCGUUUGCUCUUGCUUGCCAAAUUAUAUGGGUAGUCCACCAGUAUGUAGACCUGAAUGUGUUGUCAGUUCAGAAUGUCCUUUAGACAAAGCUUGUACAAAUCAAAAAUGUUUGGAUCCUUGUCCAAAUACUUGCGGAAUACAAGCCUUGUGUACUGUGCGAAAUCAUAACCCAAUUUGUGCAUGCCCAGCUGGAUAUUCUGGAGAUCCGUUCUCAUAUUGUUCCUUAAUACCUACUACACCAACACCUCCAGUAACCGAACGUCCAGCAUCGUGUUAUCCAACACCUUGUGGACCUAAUUCACAAUGCCAGAUACAAAAUGGAAUCCCUGUAUGCUCAUGUCUACCAGAAUUCAUUGGCUCACCACCUUCAUGCAGACCUGAAUGUGUUAUAAGUGCUGAAUGCCCAAGUCAAUUGGCUUGUAUGAACCAAAAAUGUCGUGACCCAUGUAUAGGUUCAUGUGGAUUAAAUGCAAAUUGUCACGUACUAAAUCAUAUUCCAAUUUGUACUUGUAAUAAUGGUCUAACAGGAGAUCCAUUUGACUUUUGUACACAAAUACAAAUAACUACCGAGAGACCAUUAGCAUCUGAUCCUUGUAAUCCAUCACCUUGUGGGCCAAAUGCGAUCUGCAAAGGAAAUGGAAAUUGCGAGUGCUUGCCAGAAUAUACAGGAAACCCAUAUGAGAAUUGUCGUCCAGAGUGUGUGUUAAACACCGAAUGUUCUAGAGACAAGGCAUGUAUGAGAAAUAAAUGUAGCGAUCCAUGUGUUGGAACUUGCGGUCAAGGUGCCAAUUGUGAUGUAGUGAAUCACAUUCCAAUUUGUUCAUGCCCGACCAAAUAUUCAGGAGAUCCGUUCACAAUCUGUCGACCUGUUCCAGAUGAUGUUCCUGUAUCAAGUGACCCGUGUAGUCCAUCACCGUGUGGUGCUUAUAGCCAAUGUCGAAACUCAGAUAAUCAUGCAGUGUGUUCUUGUUUACCAAAUUACAUUGGUGCGCCUCCAUCAUGCCGCCCAGAAUGUACUGUCAGUUCUGAAUGUAAUCCAGACAAAGCAUGUGUAAACAUGAAGUGUAUCAACCCGUGUGUAGGAGCUUGUGGUUCUGGAGCUAGGUGUGAAGUAAUUAAUCAUAGUCCAAUCUGCAGUUGUAGAGAAGGACAAACUGGAGAUCCAUUCCGAAGCUGUUAUACGAUACCGAAACCAGUUCUUCCACCUCAAAACGAUCCACCGAAACUUCCAUGUGUCCCUUCGCCGUGUGGUCCAAAUUCUCAAUGUAUAGCUUCAGGAAAUAACCCAUCAUGUUCAUGUUUACCAUCUUAUAUUGGUGCUCCGCCAAAUUGUCGACCAGAAUGUAUAAUAAACCCAGAUUGUCCAUCAACUCUUGCUUGCAUUAACAACAAAUGUAGAGAUCCGUGUCCAGGAUCUUGUGGAAGUGAUGCCCAUUGCCAAGUUGUUAAUCAUGCAGUUUCGUGUCUAUGUCCCUCUGGAUUUACAGGAAAUCCAUUUGUUCAAUGUAUUUAUCAACAAGAAAAUUUAAAUCCAUGUGAACCAUCUCCAUGUGGUGCAAAUGCAAUAUGUAAACAACAAGAUGGGGCCGGAUCUUGUUCUUGCAUUAAUGAUUAUUAUGGAAACCCAUAUGAGGGUUGCCGACCUGAAUGUGUUCACAGUUCAGACUGUCCAACAAAUAAGGCAUGUAUUGGAAAUAAAUGUGUGGAUCCUUGUCCCGGUGUAUGCGGAGUAGAUGCCGUUUGCACAGUUAUUAGUCAUGUUCCAACUUGCAACUGUAUAUCUGGGUAUAUAGGAAAUCCAUUCACGUACUGCCAACCUCAACCUCCAACAACUCAAGCAACAGUGUAUGACCCUUGUCAUCCAUCACCUUGCGGCCCUAACAGCCAAUGUAAAAAUGUAAACCAACAAGGAGUAUGCUCUUGUCAAAUAGAAUACCAAGGAACUCCACCAAAUUGUAGACCAGAGUGUGUCGUAAACAAUGAAUGUCCAUCGAAUAGAGCUUGUCAUAAAUUCAAAUGCACAGACCCUUGUCCUGGAACCUGUGGACUAAAUGCUCGUUGUGAAGUUAUUAAUCACAGUCCAAUUUGCACAUGUUCGCCUGGUUUAAUUGGAGAUCCUUUCACAAGAUGUUAUCCACAACCAGUGAAACCACUAGAUGAACCGGUGAUACCAACAAAUCCUUGUAUUCCCUCGCCAUGUGGACCGAAUUCUGAGUGUAGACCAGUUGGAAAUCAACCAUCAUGUUCGUGUCGAAUAAAUUACAUCGGUGCUCCGCCAAAUUGUCGACCCGAAUGUUCCGUUAAUUCUGACUGUCCUUCCAUGUUAUCUUGUAUAUCAGAUAAAUGUAGAGAUCCAUGUUAUGGAUCUUGUGGUUUAAAUACAGACUGUAGAGUUCAAAAUCAUAUACCAACUUGUACAUGUAUCUCUGGACACAACGGUGAUCCAUUUACACAAUGUAUUCCAAUAAUAGAACAACCAACACUAGCCACCCCUACCGAUCCAUGUAAUCCAUCACCGUGUGGAUCCAAUACUCAAUGUUACAAUGGAGUUUGUCAAUGCCUGACCAACUAUUUCGGAGAUCCAUUAAUAGGUUGUCGGCCUGAGUGUACAAUGAACACCGAUUGUCCAAGGAAUAAAGCAUGUUUAAACCAAAAGUGUCAGGAUCCUUGUCCAGGCACUUGUGGUCAAGGUGCCAUAUGUGAUGUCAUUAACCAUAUUCCAACCUGCAGUUGCCCAACUGGUACAGCUGGCGAUGCAUUUGUUAUUUGUAGACCCAUUAAAGUUCAAGACGAACCAUCUAGAGACCCAUGUAAUCCUUCUCCGUGUGGGCCAAACAGUGUUUGUCGUGUAGUAGAAGGACAUGCUGUCUGUUCCUGUCAAAAUAGUAUGAUCGGUUCACCACCUUCUUGUCGACCAGAAUGUGUUGUUAGUGCAGAGUGUCCUUUAACUCAAGCAUGUCUCAUGAGCAAAUGCCGUGAUCCAUGUCCUGGAACUUGUGGUCACCUUGCUAACUGUAAAGUAGUUAAUCAUAGUCCUAUUUGUACUUGCCCGCCACAGCAUAGUGGAGAUCCAUUUAGGAGUUGUUAUCCUGUUCAAGAAGUAAGACCUACACCAUCAGCUGAUCCAAUUAAUGUUUGUGUCCCAUCACCGUGUGGACCCAAUUCUGAGUGUAGAGAUCGCGGAGGAGCACCAGCGUGCUCGUGCUUGUCAAAUUAUGUUGGAACGCCACCAUCGUGCAGACCGGAAUGUACAAUUAAUCCAGAAUGUCCUAGCCAUUUAUCAUGUAUUAAUCAAAAGUGUACAGACCCUUGCCCUGGUUCAUGUGGCUCAAAUGCUGCAUGUUCUGUGAUUAAUCACACUCCCAUGUGCUCUUGCAAUAAUGGAUUUACUGGAGAUCCGUUUACAUAUUGUCAAUCAGUCCCGGUGCUACCAGUAUACCAAGAACCUCUAAACCCAUGCAUUCCUUCCCCCUGUGGAAUGAACGCUAUAUGCAAAGAGUAUAAUGGUGCUGGUUCGUGUAGUUGUUUACCAGAAUAUAAUGGAAAUCCAUAUGAAGGCUGUAGGCCUGAAUGUGUUAUAAACUCUGACUGCACACCUCAAAAAGCUUGUGUGAAAAAUAAAUGUCAAAAUCCGUGCGCUGGAACUUGUGGUCAAAACGCAGAAUGCUACGUGACUAAUCAUUUGCCAUCUUGUACUUGUAUACCAGGUUUUACCGGUGAUCCGUAUAAGUACUGCAUCCUAGCUCCACCACCACAACAACCACAAGCGGAUCCAAUUAAUCCUUGUGUUCCAUCACCAUGUGGACCAAACAGUCAAUGUAAGGAAAUAAAUUACCAAGCAGUGUGUUCAUGUCUACAAUCAUAUGUGGGGAGUCCUCCAAACUGUAGACCAGAGUGUGUAGUCAACUCAGAAUGUGGCAAACCCAAAGCGUGCCGAAAUUUAAAAUGUGUUGACCCUUGUUUAAAUGCUUGUGGGUCUAAUUCAAAAUGUAAAGUAAUAAAUCAUAGCCCUAUAUGUUCAUGUAAAGAAGGAUUUACUGGCGAUCCAUUUUCAAGCUGUUAUGCCAUACAAUACUUGCCAUCUCCACCAAUACAAAAUGAACCAAUUAACCCAUGUAUACCAUCACCAUGUGGCCUAUACUCAUAUUGUAAAGAUUCCAAUGGAUAUCCUUCUUGUUCAUGCCAAGAGAAUUAUAUUGGUUCACCACCAAAUUGUAGACCUGAGUGUACAAUAAACGAAGAAUGUCCAAAAGAUAAGGCUUGUAUGAAGCAAAAAUGCCAAGACCCAUGUCCAGGAUCAUGUGGUGUUAAUGCUAAUUGUAACGUUUAUAAUCAUAACCCAAUAUGCUCAUGUAUUGAUGGUUACACAGGAGAUCCGUUUACCAGUUGCUAUAUAAAACCAACAUCUCCUCCUAAGCCACAAUAUGAUGAUCCAUGUAAUCCGUCCCCAUGUGGAUCAAAUGCAUUAUGUAAUAAUGGUGUUUGCUCUUGCUUGAGUGAAUAUCAAGGCGAUCCAUACUCUGGCUGUCGUCCAGAAUGUAUUUUAAAUACAGAUUGUCCCAUUAUUAAAGCUUGCAUCAAUAAUAAAUGUAAAAAUCCAUGCCAAGGAACAUGUGGAUUAAAUGCAAUUUGUAAUGUUUACAAUCAUAUUCCGAUGUGUACAUGUCCCCAAGGCAUGAAUGGAAAUGCAUUUAUUCAAUGCACACCUAUCCAAGCAUCCGUUGAAGUUAUCAACCCAUGUGCUCCAUCUCCUUGUGGACCAAAUAGCCAAUGUAAACAAAUGAAUGGUGUAGCGGUGUGUUCAUGCAUAUCUGGAUACUUGGGUGCACCACCUUUAUGUAGACCUGAAUGUACAAUCAAUUCCGACUGUGGUCUAAAUGAAGCUUGUUCGAAUCAAAAGUGUCGAAAUCCAUGUCCUAGUAUUUGUGGAAUAAGUGCAAAAUGUCAAGUCAUAAAUCAUAAUCCAAUUUGUAGUUGUCCACCAGGAUUAAUCGGUGAUCCAUUUACAAGAUGUUAUAAUAAACCAGCCGAUUUACCACAAUACGUUGGUAAUCCUUGCAUUCCGUCUCCUUGUGGACCGAAUUCGCAGUGUAAGGUUCAAGGUGAAUCGCCAUCAUGCUCAUGCCUACCUAAUUUCAUCGGAUCACCUCCAAAUUGCAAGCCGGAAUGUAUUACCAACAGCGAGUGCUCAUAUAAUUUAGCUUGUGCUAAUAUGAAAUGUAAAGAUCCUUGCCCAGGUUCAUGCGCACCAAAUGCCGAAUGCCAUGUAGUAAGCCAUUCGCCAAUAUGCACUUGUCCAAUUGGAUACGUAGGAGAUCCUUUCACGCAAUGCAUUGUACAACAAGCCGAUCCAGUACCACAAGAGUAUUUAAAUCCAUGUGUACCAUCCCCCUGUGGGACAAAUGCAAUUUGUAAAGAACAAAAUGGAGCUGGAUCGUGUACUUGCUUGCCUGAAUACUAUGGAAAUCCAUAUGAAGGAUGUAGACCGGAAUGUGUUUUGAAUACAGACUGUGCGUCUAACAAAGCAUGCUCUAAUUACAAGUGUAAAAACCCAUGUCCAGGAACAUGUGGUCAAAAUGCAGAAUGUCAAGUAGUUAAUCAUUUGCCCAUGUGUUCUUGCUAUCAAGGAUAUACUGGUGAUCCAUUUAGACACUGUCAUCAAAUACCUCCUCCACAACAAACUGAAAUCGAACCAAUUAAUCCAUGUUCACCUUCUCCAUGUGGGCCAAAUAGUCAAUGUCGGGAAAUUAACCAUCAAGCUGUUUGCUCCUGCCUACCGACUUACGUAGGGAGCCCGCCUGGAUGUAGACCAGAAUGUGUAACAAAUUCAGAGUGUGCUUCGAAUAAAGCAUGCAUAAAACAGAAGUGUUCAAAUCCUUGUCCUGAACCAUGUGGACAAAAUUCUAACUGCAAAGUUAUCAACCACAGUCCUGUGUGUUCGUGUAUCAAUGGUUUUACUGGAGAUCCAUUUAUUCGCUGCUAUCAAAUACCUCCACCUCCACCACAGUUUGAUCCAGUUUAUGUAAACCCCUGCGUUCCAUCACCAUGUGGUCCUUAUUCUCAAUGUAGAGAACAGAAUGGCUAUCCGUCAUGUUCAUGUUUAGCUGAAUACAUAGGAAGUCCUCCAAAUUGCCGUUAUGAAUGUACAAUUAAUGCAGAAUGCCCCAGAGAUAAAGCGUGUAUGAAGCAAAAAUGUCAAGAUCCUUGUCCUGGGUCAUGUGGUGUAAAUGCUUUAUGUAAUGUAGUAAACCAUACACCAAUGUGCUUGUGUCCUGAUAACUAUGAAGGCAAUCCUUUUGAAAAUUGCAGACCGAAACCCAUGGAUGUUCCAGAACCAGUGUAUUCAGACCCAUGUAAUCCAUCGCCUUGUGGUCCUAAUUCUGAUUGCUAUAAUGGUGUUUGUAAAUGUAAACCUGAAUUCCAAGGUGAUCCAUACUCUGGAUGUAGACCUGAAUGUGUACUAAAUAACGAUUGUCCCAGAAACAAAGCAUGCAUAAAAAAUAAAUGCAAAGACCCAUGCCCUGGAACCUGUGGAACGAAUGCCAUCUGUGAAGUUUAUAAUCAUAUACCAAUGUGUAGAUGUCCUGAUGGAAUGUAUGGAAAUGCUUUUAUCAAUUGUUUAGUACAACAAGAUGUGAUCCCGGUAACGAACACAAAUCCAUGCUAUCCAACCCCAUGCGGACCUAACAGUCAAUGCCGAGAAAUUAAUGGACAAGCUGUAUGUUCGUGUACAAUCGGCUAUUUAGGAGUACCACCAUCGUGUAGACCAGAAUGUACAAUAAAUUCUGAUUGUAACUUAAAUGAAGCAUGUUCAAACCAAAAAUGUCAUGAUCCAUGCCGUGGUGUUUGUGGAAUAGGAGCAAUCUGCCGUGUAUAUAACCAUAAACCUAUCUGUAGUUGUCCUCCAGGACAGACGGGAAAUCCAUUUUCUAACUGCCGUCCAAUACCGGUUCAAGACCCAUUACCUGUAGAACAUCCAUGUGUUCCAUCUCCGUGUGGACCCAAUUCACAAUGUCAAGUUAAAGGACAAUCGCCUUCAUGUUCUUGUUUACCUGACUUUAUUGGUUCACCACCGAACUGCAAACCCGAGUGCAUUAGUAAUGGAGAAUGUCCAUAUCAUUUAGCAUGUAAAAAUAUGAAAUGUAAAGAUCCUUGUCCUGGUACCUGUGGACAAAAUGCACAAUGUAACGUUGUAAGUCACUCUCCUCAGUGUACCUGCUAUCCAGGGUUUAUUGGAGAUCCUUUCACUCAAUGCACAAUACAACAAGCAGAACCAAUUGAAGAGACCUUGAACCCUUGUAUUCCAUCACCUUGUGGAGCAAAUGCUAUUUGCAAAGAGCGAAAUGGUGCUGGAUCCUGUAGUUGUUUACAAGAGUAUUUUGGAAAUCCUUAUGAACUCUGUAGACCCGAGUGUACAGUAAACACUGAUUGUCCAUCGAAUAAAGCUUGUAUGGGAAAUAAAUGCUUAGAUCCAUGUCCAGGAACAUGUGCCCAAUCUGCAAUUUGUCACGUUUACAACCAUUCACCGACAUGCUCGUGUAAUUAUGGAUACACAGGAGAUCCGUAUAAAUAUUGCAGUAUAAUUCCAACUCCACCAAUCCAAAAUGAACCAAUACACCCGUGUUCACCUUCUCCGUGUGGACCACACAGUCAAUGCCGAGAAGUCAACUUCCAAGCCGUAUGCUCAUGUUUAUCGAACUAUAUUGGAAGUCCACCAAAUUGUCGUCCUGAAUGUCUCAUCAGUCAGGAUUGUUCACAAAAUCUUGCAUGCGUAAAUCAACACUGUGUCGAUCCUUGCAUUGGACAAUGUGGUCAAAAUACACAAUGUAAGACUAUCAAACAUCGACCAAUAUGUACAUGUAGCCCUGGAUAUACUGGAGACCCGUUCUCCAGAUGUUAUCUAAUUCCACCGUUACCAACACCACCACAAGAUGAACCAAUACCAACAAAUCCUUGUGUGCCGUCUCCGUGUGGGCCAUAUUCUGAGUGUAGAAACUACGGAAAUUAUCCUUCAUGUAGUUGCCAACCACAAUACACGGGAAGUCCGCCAAAUUGUAGGCCAGAGUGUUCGAUCAAUGCAGAAUGUCCAAGCAAUAAUGCGUGCAUGAAAGAGAAAUGUCGAGACCCAUGUCCCGGUUCAUGUGGAAUUGGAUCGGUUUGUAACGUAUUGAAUCACGUUCCUAUUUGUCAAUGCCCUGAUGGAUUUACUGGUGAUCCAUUUGUGAGUUGCUAUCUGAAACCCCAAGCUCCUAUUGCUGACGUAGAAACAGACCCAUGUAGUCCAUCUCCGUGUGGUACAAACGCAAUAUGUAAUAAUGGACUUUGUACAUGUCUUCCUGAAUACCAUGGAGAUCCAUAUACUGGAUGUAGACCAGAAUGUGUUCUUAACGACGAAUGCUCAAGGGAUAAAGCUUGUAUCCGAAAUAAAUGUAUAAAUCCAUGUCCAGGGACGUGUGGCUACAAUGCCAUAUGUGAAGUAUAUAACCAUAUACCCAUGUGUCGAUGCCCAGAAGGAUUAGCAGGCGACGCCUUUACUCAAUGUCAACCAAUAUUACAAGAUCCAAUUAUUAAUCAGCCAUGUAAUCCAUCACCUUGCGGACCCAACAGUCAAUGUAGGGAAAUGAACAAUCAAGCGGUAUGUUCUUGCAUCGUGGGAUAUGUGGGUAGCCCACCAUCGUGUAGACCAGAAUGCACAAUAAAUGCGGAUUGCUAUUUGACCGAAGCUUGUUCAAACCAAAAGUGUGGAAAUCCUUGUAUAGGAACGUGUGGUGUUGGAGCUAAAUGCCAGGUUAUAAAUCACAGGCCUAUAUGUAGCUGUCCACCAAGCAUGACUGGUGAUCCAUUCGUACGCUGCCAUGCCAUAUUGGCACUUCCUGAACCUGUGGGUAACCCAUGUAUACCAUCUCCUUGUGGACCUAAUUCACAAUGCCAAGUAAAAGGAGAUACGCCAUCUUGUUCAUGUUUACCCGAAUUCGUCGGAUCACCUCCAAAUUGCAAACCAGAAUGCAUUAGCAAUAGUGAAUGUGCCUAUAACAAAGCAUGUGUCUAUAUGAAAUGUAAAGAUCCGUGUCCAGGAUCUUGUGGUCAAAAUGCUAUAUGUCAAGUAGUUAGUCAUGUGCCUAGAUGUUCAUGUUUAUCUGGUUAUGUUGGUGAUCCAUUUAUACAAUGUUAUAUUCAACAAGCUGACCCAGUACCCACUGAGUAUUUAUCUCCGUGUGAGCCUUCUCCGUGUGGUACUAACGCUGUUUGUAAAGAACAAAACGGCGCUGGUUCAUGUAGUUGUCUCCCAGGAUUUGAAGGAAAUCCUUAUGAUGGAUGCAGAUAUGAAUGCACACUUAACACAGACUGUGCAUCUAAUAAAGCAUGUAUUCGAAAUAAAUGCCAAAAUCCUUGUCCUGGAUCUUGUGGACCAAACGCGGAAUGUUUAGUAAUAAAUCACCUUCCUAUGUGCACAUGUUAUAAUGGUUACACAGGAGAUCCUUUCAAAUACUGUAGUUUGAUACCUCCUCAAAUUGUGCAGUCUGAGCCCUAUGCUCCUUGUGUUCCAUCACCAUGUGGACCUAAUAGUCAAUGUAAAGAAAUAAAUGGACAAGCAGUUUGUUCAUGUCUCCCUUCGUAUCAUGGAAGUCCUCCUGGUUGUAGACCUGAAUGUGUAUUGAGUUCGGAAUGCAGUGAUAUUCACGCAUGUGUUAAUCAGAAAUGUGUCAACCCAUGUCCUGGACCGUGUGGUUCAAAUGCUAUUUGCAAAGUUAUAAAGCAUAAUGCAAUAUGUUCCUGUCAACUCGGGUAUCAAGGCGAUCCAUUCUCCCGUUGUUAUUUAAUUCCACCACCACCGCCACCACAACAAGAUGCAGUUAUGUACUUAAACCCGUGUGUUCCAUCUCCAUGUGGUUUAUAUUCAGAAUGUAGAGAUAUUGGUGGAGUACCAUCUUGUUCAUGUUUAUCACAAUAUUUCGGUAGUCCACCGAAUUGUAGACCUGAAUGUGUGAUAAAUAAUGACUGUCGAAGCAAUUUAGCAUGUAUUCGAGAGAAAUGUCAAGACCCAUGUCCAGGAUCUUGUGGUAUUGAUGCAUACUGCAAUGUUAUAAAUCACACUCCGAAUUGUGUAUGCCGUGAAGGUUUCAUUGGAGACCCCUUCACAUCGUGCUAUAUAAAACCAAUACAAGACAUUCCAGAACCUGUUGAAAAAGACCCAUGUUAUCCAUCUCCAUGUGGACCAAACGCAAUAUGUAAUAAUGGCCAAUGUUCAUGUAUUAAUGAAUACUUUGGAGAUCCAUACUCAGGUUGUAGACCAGAAUGUGUAAUUAACAAUGACUGUCCAAGAGACAAGGCUUGUGUUCGUAAUAAAUGUAUGAAUCCAUGUAAAGACACAUGUGGUGAAAAUGCUAUAUGUGAUGUUUAUAAUCAUAUACCAAUGUGCCGCUGUCCAGAAGGAACAGAAGGAAAUGCAUUUAUUAGAUGUUCGGCAUUACAACAAGCACCAAUCGAUAUUCAUCCUUGUUAUCCAUCACCAUGUGGACCAAACAGUCACUGUAAAGAAAUAAAUAGUCAAGCUGUAUGCUCUUGUAUCAUUGGAUAUUUGGGAGUUCCGCCAUCAUGUCGACCUGAAUGUACUGUAAACUCAGAUUGUAAUAGUAAUAAAGCUUGUUCUAAUCAAAAAUGCAUUGACCCGUGUAUUGGAGUAUGUGGUGUAAACUCAAAAUGCCAGGUUAUCAACCACAGCCCCAUUUGUAGUUGCGCACCCAGUUUUACGGGAAAUCCAUUUGUUCGAUGUUACCCAAAACCUGCUGAUAUCCCUCAACCUGUUGGAAAUCCUUGUAUUCCAUCGCCUUGUGGACCAAACUCUCAAUGCAAAGUGCAAGGUGAAUCGCCGUCAUGUUCUUGUUUACCUGAAUUUAUUGGCUCACCUCCAAAUUGUAAACCUGAAUGUGUAAGUAAUAGUGAAUGUCCAAUUCACUUAUCUUGCAUAAACAUGAAAUGCAAAAAUCCUUGCAUUGGAGCCUGUGCCCCAAGUGCUGAAUGUAGAGUAAUAAGUCAUACACCAAGAUGUACAUGCCCUGUUGGACAUAUUGGAAACCCGUAUACUGAAUGUACAAUAAUUCAAGCUGAUCCUAUUCCACAAGAAUAUUUAAAUCCUUGUGAGCCAUCUCCGUGUGGCAUUAAUGCCAUUUGUAAAGAACAAAACGGAGCCGGAUCUUGUUCUUGUCUACCUGAAUACUUUGGAAAUCCAUACGAAGGAUGUAAGCCUGAAUGUGUUGUAAAUGCCGAAUGUCAGUCCAACAAAGCAUGUAUUAGUAAUAAAUGUAAAGAUCCAUGCCCUGGAACAUGUGCUCAAAAUGCUGAAUGUCAAGUCAUUAAUCAUUCACCGACAUGCACAUGUUAUAAUGGGUAUACUGGUGACCCAUUCCGAUACUGCCAUAUCAUACCACCACAACAAACUGAAGUACAGCCUAUUUAUCCAUGUACACCAUCUCCUUGUGGACCAAAUAGUCAAUGUCGAGAAAUAAAUCAGCAAGCAGUUUGUUCAUGUUUACCAAACUAUGUAGGAAGUCCUCCCGGAUGUCGCCCAGAAUGUGUACUGAACGCAGAAUGUUCAGCAAGUCUCGCUUGUAUGAAUCAAAAAUGUAAAAACCCAUGCGAAGAUCGGUGUGCACAAAAUGCUAACUGCCGGGUGUUCAACCAUAGUCCUGUGUGUUCGUGCACUCCUGGAUAUACUGGAGAUCCAUUUUCACAUUGUCAUGCUAUACCUCCUCCACCACCACCACCACAAAACGAACCUAUUUAUGUAAACCCAUGCAUACCAUCACCAUGUGGAGCCUAUGCUGUAUGUCAAGACAACGGAGGUACUCCAUCAUGCUCCUGCUUGGCUCAAUACAUUGGAUCACCACCAAACUGUAGACCAGAAUGCAUUAUGCAUUCCGAAUGCCCUAGUAAUGAAGCUUGUAUUAGAGAAAAAUGCCAAGACCCAUGUCCGGGAUCAUGUGGCUGGGGUGCACAAUGUAAUGUAAUUAACCAUACACCUAUGUGUACUUGUCCAGAGGGAUAUGAAGGAAAUCCGUUUACGAAAUGUGACAUAAAGCCAGUAAUUCAAGCUCCAGUCUACUCAGAUCCAUGUAAUCCAUCACCUUGUGGUCCAAAUGCUCAGUGUAAUAAUGGCGUAUGCACAUGCUUAAGUGAAUACCAGGGAGAUCCAUACACUGGAUGUAGACCUGAAUGUGUACUAAAUAAUGAUUGUCCACGAAACAAAGCAUGUAUAAAAAAUAAAUGUAUAGAUCCUUGUCCUGGAAUUUGUGGGCAAAAUGCUAUUUGUGAUGUUUAUAAUCAUAUACCGAUGUGUCGUUGUCCAGAAGGAAUGCAAGGCAAUGCUUUUGUUUUUUGUAGUCCACAACAAAACGAGCCUGAGAUAUAUGAGCCAUGUAAACCAUCCCCUUGUGGACCAUUUAGUCAAUGUAGGGAAGUAAAUAAACAAGCAGUUUGUUCGUGUGUCACGGGAUAUACUGGAUUACCACCCUUAUGCCGGCCUGAAUGUAUUUCAAGUUCAGACUGUAGACAAAAUCAAGCAUGUUCCAAUCAAAAAUGUAUAGACCCGUGUCCAGGAACUUGUGGUAUAAAUGCUAAAUGCCAAGUUAUAAGCCACAGUCCUAUAUGUAGCUGCCCAACGGGAUAUACAGGAAAUGCCUUUAUGAAUUGCUACCAAAUUCCUGCUGAUAUACCAUUAAUAGUGGGCAAUCCAUGUGUCCCAACACCGUGUGGACCUAAUUCACAAUGUCAAGUAAAAGGAGAAACACCUUCUUGUUCGUGUUUGCCUGAGUUCAUCGGAUCUCCUCCAAAUUGCAAACCAGAAUGUGUGACUAAUAGUGAAUGUUCCUAUAACAAAGCAUGUAUGAAUAUGAAAUGCAAAGAUCCUUGUCCAGGAUCAUGCGCAGUCAAUGCUAUAUGUCAAGUUUUAAGUCACGCUCCUACUUGUCAUUGUCAACAAGGUUAUGUUGGAAAUCCAUUUACAUUCUGUUCAGUUCAACAAGCAGAUCCUAUACCUCAAGAAUAUAUUAAUCCAUGUGUACCUUCACCAUGUGGUGUGAAUGCAGUAUGUAAAGAACAAAACGGAGCUGGAUCGUGUACUUGCCUACCAGAAUAUAUAGGCAAUCCUUAUGAAAGUUGUAGACCAGAAUGUACAAUUAAUUCUGAUUGCGUUUCCAAUAAAGCAUGUAUGAUGAAUAAGUGUAGAGACCCGUGUCCAGGAACAUGCGGUCAAAAUGCAGAAUGUCAUGUCAUUAACCAUUUACCAGUCUGUACUUGUUUAAAUGGUUAUAAUGGUGACCCAUUCAAAUAUUGUUCAGUUAUUGUACCACCACAAGAUGCUCCAAUAGAACCGAUAAACCCAUGUUAUCCGUCACCCUGUGGACCAAAUAGUCAAUGUAAAUCCAUCAAUAACCAAGCAAUAUGUUCAUGUUUGCCUACAUACAUUGGAAGUCCUCCAGGGUGUAGACCAGAAUGUGUCAUAAGUUCGGAAUGUAAAAGUUAUGAAGCGUGUACUAACCAAAAGUGUUCUGACCCAUGUACUGAUAUUUGUGGAAAAAAUGCUGAUUGCAAAGUCAUAAAUCAUAGUCCAAUUUGUACUUGUCGACCUAAAUUCACUGGAGAUCCAUUCACUCACUGUUUCCCAAUACCAUUACCACUGCCUCAAUAUGUGCCUACUGAAUAUGUAAACCCAUGCAUACCAUCACCUUGCGGUCCUUAUUCACAAUGCUAUGAUAACCAAGGAGUUCCAUCAUGCAGUUGUCUUUCUCAAUACACCGGAAGCCCACCAAAUUGUAGACCAGAAUGUGUUAUGAAUUCAGAAUGCCCAUCUAACAAAGCAUGUAUAAGCGAACAUUGUAGAGAUCCAUGUCCAGGAUCAUGUGGUUUCAAUGCUGAAUGUAAUGUCUUAAAUCAUACACCAAUGUGUGUCUGUCCAUAUGGCAUGAUUGGUGAUCCUUUCACUAGUUGUUAUUCUAAACCACAAGAAAAUAUUCCAGUUGUACACAGUGAUCCGUGUAAUCCAUCACCGUGUGGUUAUAAUGCAGAAUGUAAUAAUGGUGUAUGUACUUGCUUAUUAGAAUAUCAAGGAAAUCCUUACAUGGGAUGUAGACCUGAAUGUGUUAUAAAUAAUGACUGUCCGCAAAAGGAAGCUUGUAUAAAAAAUAAAUGUAAAGAUCCUUGUCCUGGAAUUUGUGGACAAAAUGCUAUUUGUGAUGUAUAUAAUCAUAUACCGAUGUGUCGAUGCCCUGACAAAAUGUCUGGAAAUGCUUUCCUUCAGUGCAAGCCAGUUGAAAUUCAAGCUCAAGUUUAUCCAUGCAACCCUUCACCUUGUGGAUCUAAUAGUCAGUGUAGAGAAAUUAAUAAUCAUGCUGUAUGUUCAUGUAUAUCAAAUUACAUUGGGUCACCUCCUCUGUGUAGACCAGAAUGUACUACUAAUUCUGAUUGUAAUCAAAAUGAAGCUUGUAGUAAUCAAAAGUGUAAAGAUCCAUGUCCUGGAACAUGUGGAAUAGGAGCUAUAUGUCAAGUUAUUAACCAUAGUCCAAUAUGCAAUUGUCCAUCAGGAUAUACAGGAAAUUCUUUUGUCCACUGCCAUCCAAUCCAAGCGGCCCCAGUUGAAGAAUUCAAUGAAAACCCUUGCAUACCAUCACCAUGUGGAUUCAAUGCUCAAUGUCAAGACAUUGGUGGUCAACCAUCAUGCUCUUGUUUGCCUCAGUUUAUCGGUUCUCCUCCGAAUUGUAAACCAGAAUGUGUAAUCAAUAGUGAAUGUCCAUAUCACUUAGCAUGUAUGAACAUGAAAUGCCGAGAUCCAUGCCCAGGAUCAUGUGGCCAGAAUACAGAAUGCAAAGUUAUUAGUCACGCCCCGCAAUGUUAUUGUUUAUCUGGUUAUACUGGAAAUCCAAUAAUACAAUGCAAUAUACAACAUGCUGAUCCGGUUCCUCAAGAAUAUUUCAAUCCAUGCCAACCAUCACCUUGUGGUUCAAAUGCAGUAUGCAAAGAGCAAAACGGUGCUGGUUCAUGCACGUGUUUACCAGAAUACUUUGGUGAUCCAUAUAGAGGAUGCAUGCCUGAAUGUGUGGUUAAUUCAGACUGCCCACAAAAUGAAGCCUGCAGGAGAAAUAAAUGUGAAAAUCCUUGCCCAGGACUAUGUGGUCAAAACGCAGAAUGUCAGACAAUUAACCAUGUGCCCAUGUGUACAUGUUCCAAUGGAUAUACUGGGGAUCCGUUCAGAUAUUGUUCAUUUAUACCACCGCAACAAACUCCAAUUGAACCAACUAAUCCAUGCAGUCCAUCGCCUUGUGGACCAAAUAGCCAAUGCAGAGAACUCAAUGGUCAAGCGAUAUGUUCAUGUCUUCCAGAAUUUAUUGGAAGUCCUCCUAGUUGUCGACCCGAAUGUGUAAUAAGUACUGAAUGUAAUCGUGAUAAAGCAUGUAUGGGACAAAAAUGUAAAGAUCCAUGCCCCGGAAUGUGCGGUCAUAAUGCCAAUUGUCAAACUAUUAACCAUAGUCCAAUUUGUACAUGUACUUCAGGAUACACUGGAAAUCCAUUUUCUCAAUGCUAUCAACUACCAAAGCCUCAAAUACAACAAACUCCACCAGAACCAAUGAAUCCAUGUAUUCCAAAUCCUUGUGGAUCAUAUGCAAUAUGCCACGACCAAGGAGGUUAUCCAUCAUGUUCCUGUUUAUCUCAGUACAUAGGCACUCCACCAAAUUGUAGACCCGAGUGUGUUAUUAGUGCUGAAUGUCCAAGCAAUAAAGCUUGUAUGAAUGAAAAGUGUAAAGAUCCAUGCCCUGGUUCUUGUGGGGUUGGAGCUAUUUGUACUGUGAACAAUCAUACACCUAAUUGUUACUGUCCAAGUGGAUAUAUAGGAGACCCAUUCAAUUCAUGUAUGCUUAAACCACCACAAAACGAUCCAGAAAUAUCAAAUAUUGAUCCAUGCUACCCAUCACCAUGUGGUUCAAACGCGAAUUGUAACGAUGGCAAAUGCACUUGCUUACCAGAAUAUCAAGGAGAUCCUUAUGUUGGAUGUAGACCUGAAUGUAUAAUAAACGAUGAAUGUCCUAGAAAUAAAGCUUGCAUUAGAAAUAAAUGCAAAGAUCCAUGUCCAGGAACUUGUGCUCAUAAUGCAAUUUGUGAUGUGUAUAACCAUAUUCCAAUGUGUAGAUGCCCCGAAGGAAUGUCUGGAAAUGCAUUUAUAGACUGUCGACCACAGCAAGUUUCUGUGGUACAUGACUAUUGCAAUCCUUCACCAUGUGGUCCAAAUAGUAUUUGUCAAGAAAUAAAUCAACAAAGUAUGUGUUCUUGUAUAACUGGAUACAUUGGAUCUCCACCAACUUGCCGUCCAGAAUGCACAGUUAAUUCCGAUUGCAUUUUGAGUAAAGCUUGUAGUAAUCAAAAAUGUCGAGAUCCUUGCCCUGGAACAUGUGGAAUAAGUGCUAAAUGUCAUGUUGUUAAUCAUAAUCCGAUAUGCAGCUGUCCUCCUGGCUUUACAGGCAAUGCAUUUGUGCAAUGCAGUCAAAUACCAGUUAUUGAAGAUGAACCAGUUCGAAACCCAUGUGUUCCUUCGCCUUGUGGUCCAUAUUCGCAAUGUCAAGUUCAAGGAACGUCUCCAUCGUGUUCAUGCUUGCCUGAAUAUAUUGGAUCACCACCAAAUUGUCGACCUGAAUGUGUUAGUAACAGUGAAUGUUCAUAUAAUUUGGCUUGUAUAAAUAUGAAAUGCAAAGAUCCAUGUCCUGGAUUAUGUGGAGAAAAUGCCUUAUGUCGUGUUAUCAGCCAUUCUCCAAUGUGUUACUGCGUACAAGGUUAUACUGGAAAUCCAAUGGUUCAAUGUGUGGUUCAACAAGAUGCAGUUGUAAUAAGAGAUGAUCCACAUCCUUGCACUCCGUCCCCCUGUGGAGCAAAUGCCCAAUGUAGAGAACAAAAUAAUGCGGGCUCGUGUAGCUGUUUGCCGGGAUAUUUUGGAAAUCCGUAUGAAGGUUGUAGACCAGAGUGCAUUGUUAAUACAGAUUGCUCUCCUAGUAAAGCUUGUAUACAAUACAAGUGUCAAAAUCCUUGUCCCGGAAAUUGUGGUUUGAAUGCAGAUUGUCAAGUGGUUUACCAUGUUGCAUCAUGCGUUUGUAAUCCAGGUUACACGGGUAACCCAUACCAAUCCUGCAAUUUUAUAACACCACAAAUUACUCAAAUGGAACCAAUAUACCCAUGUAUUCCAUCACCAUGUGGUCCGAAUAGUCAAUGCAGAGAAUUAAAUAAUCAAGCUGUAUGUAGUUGUUUACCAUCCUUUAUCGGAAGUCCGCCUAUGUGUCGUCCUGAAUGUACAACUAGUGCAGAAUGCCCAACAAAUUUAGCAUGUGUAAACAAGAAAUGUGUAGAUCCUUGUCCAGGAGUAUGUGGACAAAGUGCUAAUUGCAGAGUUGUAAAUCACAGUCCAUUGUGCAUAUGCAAUUCAGGAUUCACAGGAGAUCCAUUUUCUAUUUGCUAUCCAAUACAAAAUUCUCCAGAACCUCAACCUCAGCCACCGAUAAACCCAUGCAUACCAUCACCAUGUGGUCCAUAUUCCCAAUGUCAAAAUUACGGAGGUUCUCCUUCGUGUACAUGUCUACCAUCGUAUAUAGGAUCUCCACCAAAUUGUAAACCAGAGUGCACAAUUAAUGCUGAUUGUCCAAGUAAUGUGGCAUGUAUUAGAGAGAAAUGUAGAGAUCCGUGUCCAGGUUCUUGUGGAUUUAAUGCCCAUUGUCAAGUGUUAAACCACAUUCCUAUGUGCAUUUGUCCAGAAGGCUAUUCUGGAGAUCCGUUUAUGAGCUGUUACAUCAAACCAGAACCACCAAUUCAACAAGCUUCAGAUCCUUGUAAUCCUUCUCCAUGUGGAUCAAAUGCUUUGUGCAAUAAUGGAAUUUGUACAUGCAUUUCCGAAUACCAAGGAGAUCCAUACAGCAUGUGCAGACCAGAAUGUGUCCUUAACAAUGAAUGCCCUCAAAAUAAAGCAUGCAUACGAAAUAAAUGUAUGGAUCCUUGUCCAGGAACCUGUGGUCAAAAUGCGUUGUGUGAUGUUUAUAAUCACAUACCAAUGUGUAGAUGUCCUCAAGGAAUGAAUGGAAAUGCAUUUAUUGGAUGUUUAACAUAUCAAGCUCCAAUUGAAACAAAUUCAUGCCAACCAUCUCCAUGUGGUCCCAACAGCCAAUGUAGAGAAGUCAAUGGCUAUUCAAUGUGUUCUUGUCUUAAUGGAUAUUUUGGAACACCACCAUCUUGUCAUCCUGAAUGUUCCAUUGAUUCUGAUUGUAGUCAAAAUAGGGCAUGUUCAAAUCAAAAAUGCCGCGACCCCUGUCCAGGGGCUUGUGGAGAGAAUGCUCAAUGCCACACUAUAAGUCAUAGACCACAUUGUACAUGUCCACCCGGUUUCACCGGAAACGCAUUUUCUAGAUGCUAUGUACAACAAUUACCACCAGAACCAGUACGAAAUCCAUGUGUACCUUCGCCUUGUGGCCCAAAUUCUCAAUGCCAAGUUAAUGGAAAUUCUCCAUCAUGUUCAUGUGCACUUGACUACAUUGGCUCACCGCCAAACUGUCGACCAGAAUGUAUCAGUAAUAAUGAAUGUGCUUAUCAUCUUGCCUGUAUCAAUAUGAAAUGUAAAGACCCAUGUCCCGGUUCGUGUGCUUCAAAUGCUAUAUGCAAAGUAAUUAGUCAUACUCCGAGAUGUAGUUGUCCACCUGGUUAUAAUGGUGAUCCGUUCACACAAUGCAUAAUAAAACAAGCAGAACCAAUUCAAGAAAUAAUAAAUCCUUGUAGACCAUCACCUUGUGGUCCCAAUGCGUUAUGUAAAGAACAAAAUAAUGCUGGUUCCUGCAUCUGUCUACCUGAAUAUUAUGGAAAUCCUUACGAAGGAUGUCGACCUGAGUGUAUGGUUAAUACAGACUGUAAUGCUAACAAAGCAUGCAUGUCAAACAAAUGUAAAGACCCAUGCCCAGGAACUUGUGGCAGUAAUGCUAAAUGUCAAACUAUUAACCACUUACCAAUGUGCACUUGUUUACCUGGUUAUGUUGGAGAUCCAUUUAAAUACUGUCAAAUUAUACAACCGCAACAAGUUGAAAUUGUACCAAGUUAUCCAUGCAUCCCAUCUCCGUGUGGUCCAAACAGUUUGUGCAAAGAGAAUAACGGACAAGCAAUUUGCUCGUGUUUACCAUCCUAUAUAGGAACUCCGCCUGGAUGUAGACCCGAAUGUGUCACAAACGCUGAAUGUGUGCAAAACAAAGCAUGUAUAAAUCAAAAAUGUGUAGAUCCUUGUCCAGGAACAUGUGGACAAAAUGCGUAUUGCCAAACAAUAAACCAUCAUCCAAUAUGUAAAUGUAGUUCUGGUUACACUGGUAAUCCAUCUACAUACUGUUCCUUGAUACAAUCUGUACCUCAAGACACACCUGUUAUUGUUAACCCUUGUUCGCCUUCACCUUGUGGUCCUUACUCUCAAUGUGUAGCAUAUGGCAACUCUCCAUCUUGUUCGUGUUCACCGACAUAUGUUGGUAGUCCACCAAACUGUAGACCUGAAUGUAUUGUUCAUGCCGAGUGUCCAAGCAAUAUGGCUUGCAUGAGAGAAAAAUGCAGAGAUCCGUGUCCAGGGUCUUGUGGUUUAGGAUCACAGUGCAAUGUAAUUAACCAUGUACCAAUUUGUACAUGUCCAGCUGGUUAUAUAGGGGAUCCAUUUGUCAGCUGUUAUAUAAAACCAAGCCCACCACCAAAACCACAAUAUACAGACCCAUGUUAUCCAUCUCCAUGUGGACCAAGUGCUACAUGUAAUAAUGGAAUUUGUUCAUGUAUACUCGAUUAUCAAGGUGACCCCUACCGUGGUUGUCGACCGGAAUGUGUUUUGAAUGAAGAUUGUGCUAAAGACAAAGCAUGUGUGAAAAACAAAUGUGUCAAUCCAUGUGUAGGCACUUGUGGUAACAAUGCAAUUUGUGAAGUUUAUAAUCAUAUACCAAUGUGCCAUUGUCCAUCUGGAAUGACUGGAAAUGCAUUCAUUACAUGUCAUCAAAUAAUACUGCAAGAACCAGUGAUACAAAAUCCAUGUUCGCCUUCACCAUGUGGUCCAAAUAGUCAAUGUCGAGAUGUAAACAAUCAACCGAUUUGUACAUGUUUACCUACUUUCUUUGGAUACCCUCCCAAUUGUCGACCUGAAUGUACUGUUAAUUCGGAUUGUUCUAUGAACACUGCUUGUUUAAAUCAGCGUUGUAGAGACCCGUGCCUGGGAACUUGUGGUAUGAGUGCAGAAUGUCAAGUCAUAAAUCAUAAUGCAAUAUGUAGUUGUCCACUACAUUUAACAGGAGAUCCAUUUUCGAAAUGCUACUAUCCGGUUGUAUCAAAACCACAACAAGAUCCGAUCAACCCUUGCGUACCAAGCCCAUGUGGACCUUACUCAGAAUGCCAUGUAACUUCAAACACUUACACAUGCACAUGUUUACCAAACUACCAAGGAUCACCUCCACAGUGUCGUCCAGAGUGUGUUUCGAAUAGCGAUUGUAGAUAUAAUUUAGCAUGUAUCAAUAUGAAAUGCAAGGACCCGUGUGUUGGUUCGUGUGGUUUAAAUACUGAAUGUCAUGUAUUUAACCAUAUACCUCAAUGCACUUGUCUUCAAGGAUUUGUUGGAAAUCCUUUCGUAUCAUGUCAUAUUCAUCAAGCACAGCCUGUUCAACCAACACCAACAUCACCAUCGGAUCCUUGUUACCCCUCACCGUGUGGACCUAAUGCUAGAUGUCGUGUUGAAAACCAGAAUGCUAUUUGUGAAUGUUUACCAGAAUAUCAAGGAAACCCGUAUGAGUCUUGUAGACCAGAAUGCCUUGUUAGCUCUGAUUGCACCAUGAACAAGGCUUGUAUUAGAAAUAAAUGCCAAGAUCCAUGUCCUGGUACAUGUGGCAUAUCUGCUAUAUGUUUUGUGUCAAAUCAUAUACCAAUAUGUUCAUGUCCAGAAAGUUUAACUGGUGAUCCUUUCCAAAUGUGUCACCCAAUACCAGUUAGAGAUCCAAUUCCAUCUGAUCCAUGUGUUCCAUCACCUUGUGGACCAAAUACUCGUUGCCGCAUAAUGAAUGGAGCUGCUAUCUGCGAAUGUUUACAAGGAUAUGAAGGAUCUCCAUCAACAAAUGGAUGCAGGCCUGAAUGCGUGAUUAGUCCUGAUUGUCCUCGUAAUAGAGCUUGCGUUAACAAUAAAUGUGUCGACCCGUGUAUUGGAGUAUGUGGGUAUGAUGCAAUUUGUCAAACUAUUAACCACAGCCCGGUUUGUUCUUGUCCACCACCCACUAUUGGAGAUCCAUUUGUUGAAUGUAAACAACAACCAGCUUUGCCAAGUGACCCAUGUAACCCGUCCCCGUGCGGUAGCAAUGGUCAGUGUAGAGUAAUCGGAAAAAUUGCAUCUUGUGUUUAUCCGGAAUGUAUUAUUAACCAAGAUUGUCCAAGAGACAAGGCUUGUUUCACACAGAAAUGCCAAGACCCAUGUCGAGAUGUUUGUGGAUUAAACGCUAUUUGUCAAGUAGUAAAUCACAAUGCUCUAUGUUCAUGUCCACCAGGAUACUAUGGAGAACCUAAACAACAGUGUAUAAUACAACGAUCACCAGAACCUAAGCCAGAAUGUACUACUGAUGGAGAAUGUUCCAACGACAAAGCCUGUAUAAAUUAUGCCUGUAAAGACCCGUGUCAAGAAUCACCAACUACUUGCGCGAGAAAUGCAUUAUGCUAUGUUCAGAAACACAGAUCAGUGUGUGUGUGCAGAGAUGGAAUGACUGGAAAUGCUCAAAUACAAUGUGUAGAAAUUGGUUGUCGUGCUGAUACCGAUUGUCCUCCGGAAAAAUCAUGUGUUAAUGGAGAUUGCGUUGACCCAUGUGCCUACACUCAUUGUGGUAUAAACGCACUUUGUCGAACUGAUGGGUACCACAGAGCUAGAUGUUAUUGCCCUCCCGCUUAUGAAGGAGAUCCAUUUGUAGAAUGUAGAAGACCUGAAUGCGUGGUCGAUUCAGACUGUCCGUCAACAUUGGCUUGCAGAAAUCAACAUUGUCAAAGUCCGUGUGAUUGUGCUCCGACUGCGUUGUGUAACGUGGCUAACCAUAUUGCUGCAUGUAGAUGUCCACCGGGUUACAUAGGAAAUCCUCAUACUUCUUGUACUUUAACUCCACUCGCUGUUCCACCUCAGUGCACAAUGGACUCGGACUGUGCUAGUAAGUUGGCCUGCUUCAACGGAGAUUGCAAAAACCCAUGUUAUGAGAUAAAACCAUGUGGGCCAAAUGCUGAGUGUAUUGUAGUAGAUACGUUACCUCAUAGAACUAUGUCAUGUCAGUGUAUUCCAGGAUAUGUUGGCGAUGCCGACAUCCAAUGUAAACUAGGUGCCCCAUCAUCGGUAGGUUGUAGAUCUAAUGACGAUUGCCAACCGACAGAUUUGUGCUUAAACCGUCAAUGUGUUAAUCCAUGCACUGUAUCCAACCCUUGUUCAUCUACUGCAAUUUGCACAAUCAAUAAUCACAAAGCCGUUUGUAAAUGUCCAGAUGGACUUUCUGGUGAUCCAUUCAUCAGUUGUUACAAAGUACCACUGGCCACACCAGAAUGUACAACAGAUUCUGAAUGCCCAAGUUCUAAAAUAUGUGCCAACCAAUAUUGCCAAGACCCGUGUCAAAUAUCUAAACCAUGUGACACUACUGCUGAAUGUGUUACAAUUAACCAUCGACCAAUUUGUAAUUGUCCAAAUGGAUGGGCAGGAAAUCCUCAAAUUCAGUGUUAUAAACCUGGUUGCAAGACCGAUAGCGAUUGUGUUUAUGAUAAAGCAUGCAUCAACAGCAAUUGUUUGAACCCGUGUUCUACUCAGAGUUGUGGACAUGGAGCUGAUUGUAUUGUACAAGCCCACAAAGCUCAUUGCAUUUGUCCGGCAGGUACACAAGGUUCACCAAUGGUAUCUUGCGUAUCAGUAGUGUGCCAAUAUAAUGAAGACUGUGCAGAUCAUGAAGCAUGUGAUAGAUUAAACAGAAGAUGCAGACCUGUCUGUGAACAAGACACUUGUGCUGAGCAGGCAACAUGUCUAGCCCAAGCUCACCAACCAACAUGCACAUGUCUGAAUGGCUUCCAAGGCAAUCCUUACAUUGAAUGCAUUGAAUCAAGAGUACCAUCAAUAACUCCUGAGUGCACAACCGAUUCUGACUGUCCAUCACAGCAUGCUUGUGUAAAUCAGAGAUGUCAAAAUCCUUGUACCAUUUCUGUACUCUGUUCACCAGAUCAAGAGUGCCAUGUUCAAGAUACAGUUCCAUACAGAACUAUUAUGUGUCAAUGUAGAUCAGACACUGUAGCCACUAUUGAUGGCGGCUGCAAACCAAUAGUUUCCAUUACUCCUCAAUGUAAAAGCGAUCAAGAAUGUCCAUUAUCAGAAAGAUGUGUAAAUCAAGGGUGUGUAGAAGCAUGUCGAAUCGACCCAUGUGGUAUAAACGCACAAUGUAUCUCACAAAACCAUCAAGCUGCGUGUUCGUGUCCACCAGGAUAUACAGGAAACCCACACACAGAAUGCUCACUUCAACAAUCGAUUCCAAUACUACCACCUUCGCCAGAAUGUACGAAAAACGAUGACUGUGCUUCAGACACAACUUGCGUCAAUCAAAGAUGUAUUAGUCCGUGCACUUUAGGAGACAGUUGUGGCCGUGGGUCAUUCUGUCAUUCACAAAACCACCAACCCGUUUGCAGAUGUCCCAACGGUUACACCGGAGACCCUCGCAUAGCAUGCACUCCACCAUCGUCAGUACCGACCGUAGAAUGUGUAUCGAGCACUGAUUGUACUGCAGAAGAAUCGUGUAUCAACAGAAUGUGUGUGAGUCCAUGUAAUUGCGGACCCAACUCAGAUUGCAAAGUUAAUAAUCACUAUCCCAGUUGCAUUUGUAAGCCAGGGUAUUAUGGAAAUCCCCAGCAAGGCUGCAUUAAAAUGGGAUGUAUAUCAGACGAUCAAUGUGCUUACGAUAAACAAUGUUACAACGGCGAAUGUGUUCCACCGUGUUUGUUGAGUGAUCCUUGUGCAACAACUGCAAAAUGUUACGGUGACAAUCACCGUGCUGCGUGCCAAUGUCCACCGGGUUACUUCGGAAAUCCGUUCGACAAAUGUGAAAGAACUGAAUGUACAUACGAUGUAGACUGUCCGUCAGAUCGCAUGUGCUUCGACCAACAUUGUAUCAAUCCGUGUACAGAACAACACGGCACUCCGUGCGCAUCAAACGCCAUCUGCUCUGUCAGAAACCAUGCCGCGGCGUGUAGAUGUCCAGAAAACUUCCCGAUGGGAGAUCCAAAUACUUACUGUGAACGUUUACCACCACCUUUGUUCGGUGAACCAGAAUGCAGAAUUGACGUGGAUUGUGCCAGUCGUCUUGCAUGUAUCAGAGAAAAAUGUGUGAAUCCGUGCCAGGAAAUCAAACCCUGUUCAAAUAGUGCCACGUGUGCUGUCUUGGACAGUGUACCAGUUAGAACAAUGACGUGUACAUGUUCCGAAGGAUGGGUGCUCAACGAAGGUGGAGAAUGCAGACAAGUUGUUGUUUCCUCGCCACCGGGAUGUACUACAAACGACGACUGUCCGUCAAACGAAGCAUGCCUUAACCGACAAUGCCGUAAUCCUUGUAAUUGUGGUACAAACGCCCAAUGUUUCGUUCAAGAUCACCAUCCGGUUUGUUCUUGCUUGGAAGGUUAUGAUGGAAAUCCAAACUUUGCUUGCAGAAUAGUGGGAUGUAAGAGGAAUUCCGAAUGUGAAUCCGGCAAGGCCUGCAUCAACGGCCACUGUCUAAAUCCGUGCAUAGUAGAAGAUCCGUGCGGCCCGAACGCCGAAUGUUUCACGGUUGCCAGCCGCCCCGAGUGUCGGUGCAAGAGCGGUUAUCGAGGAAACCCGUAUGACCGGUGCCUGGUGAUCGGUUGCCGCAGCAACAACGACUGCCCCAACGACCGGUCGUGCAUCAACGGCCAGUGUAUAAACCCGUGCGUGUACGAACACCCGUGUUCGUCUCAAGCCGAGUGCAAAGUACAAAACCAUUUCGCCCUGUGCCGAUGUCCCCCGGGAAUGGCGGGCAACCCGUACGUGGCCUGCAGACAGGAAGUGCAACCCGAGUGCAAGGAAGACGCCGACUGUCCAUCGCUGUUGGCCUGCUUCGACAGCGUGUGCCGUAACCCGUGCACCGCGCUGGAACCGUGCAAACGGCCAGCCGAGUGUGUGGUGAUCGAUUCGCUGCCGGUCAGGACCAUGAUCUGCGAAUGUCCCAGCGGUUACGUGAGCAGCGGCAGCGGUACGUGCAAGAUCACGCCACCGAUGACUGCCGUGGCCUGUACCGCAGACACGCAAUGCCCGUCUGACAGGGCUUGUCUGAACGGCAGGUGCAUAGAUCCGUGCAACUGCGGCCCGAACUCCGAAUGCAGAGUGUGGGACCACAAGCCGGUGUGCUCUUGUCUGGCCGGAUUUGACGGCAGCCCGGAGAUCGACUGUUCGAGAGCCGGAUGUCGAAGCGAAUCCGACUGUUCUGGUCAACACACCUGCGUCAACCGUAUCUGCGUGGCUGUGUGCGCCGCGGACGGUAGCAGUUGCGGUACCGCUUCUGAAUGUUAUGGCAUCAACCAUCAAGCCGUGUGCGAAUGUCCGCCCGGAAUGGCCGGAAACCCGCAGAUAGCCUGCGUGGUAGCCGGCUGUCGGUCGGACACGGAUUGUCCUAGCGACAAGGCGUGCAUAAACACCAAAUGUAUCGAUCCGUGCACCAGAAAUAAUCCAUGCGUGAAGCCAGCCGAGUGUACAGUGUACAACCACCGCACAGAUUGUGCUUGUCCGCCAGGUUACGUCGGAAACGCCGGAACUACUUGCAAACAAAGUACGUGUCCAGAGGACGUCAGAGUGUCAGAGCUCGAAACGGGAAUUAAUUUUGAAAACCUUUUUUCUUUAGUCGAAACCGGAUGUCAAAGCGAUUCCGAAUGUCCAUCACAGACGGGUUGCAUUAACAAAUUGUGCGUGAGCCCGUGCGAAGUUUCUUCGCCGUGUGGAACAAACUCUAAAUGCAAAGUCCUCGACACCUACCCGAUAAGAACAAUGACGUGCGAAUGUCUACCGGGUACACAAGGAAAUGCAGCCAUACGAUGUGACGAAGUUUCAAAAUGCCCAAUUGAUAAAGGCUACGUGAGGAAUGAUGAAGGAGAAUGCGUGUGUCCUCCGGGCACAGCCCUGAACCAAGAAGACGAAUGCCGUAGGUGCGUAGUCGAAUUGGGAUACAAGAUCGACGAACGCGGCCAUUGUGUAUGCGCUCUGGACAGAGGAUUGAUCAUUGACGAGAGAGGACGUUGCAUAUGUCCGACCGAACACGGUUACAGUUUGAACAUCUAUGGACAAUGCGUACCGAAAAACACAACACAACUCAGAACGGACUUCCCGAGACCAGACAUGGUAGUCACGUGUCUGUCGGACGGAGUACAAGUGGAAAUCCAUAUUACAGAAAAAGGAUUUAACGGAGUGCUUUAUGUGAAGGGCCACAGUAAGAACGAACAGUGUAGACGAGUAGUAUCGAUGGCCCAAGACUCUUCGCCCAGAACGGAAAUAUUCAAAGUCAACUUUGGAAACUGUGGACUUAUACACAUCAACGGCCAGGCUAGUUUUGUGCUGGUCAUACAGAAACAUCCGAAAUUAGUGACUUACAAAGCUCAAGCCUAUCACAUACGAUGCGUGUACAACACCGGAGAGCAGAACGUCACGCUCGGCUUUAACGUGUCCAUGUUGACCACGGCUGGUACGAUAGCGAACACCGGACCACCACCUACGUGUCUGAUGAAGAUCGUCACUCACACCGGACAAGAAAUCGAUUCAGCCGAAAUAGGUGACAACCUAAUGCUACAAGUGGACGUCCAACCGUCGAGCAUCUACGGAGGAUACGCCAGGAGCUGUGUGGCGAAAACGAUUGAAGACAACGUAGAGAACGAGUACAUUGUAACCGACGAGAAUGGGUGCGCGACCGACCCGACGAUAUUCGGCGAGUGGGACUACAACGCGGACACCCAAUCUCUGUUGGCCGGUUUCAACGCGUUCAAAUUCCCAAGUUCCGACAACAUACGAUUCCAGUGUAACAUACGCGUGUGCUUCGGCAAAUGCCAACCGGUGAAUUGCCGCGGCUACAACGCGUUCGGAAGACGCAGAAGACGUGAAAUAUCCAAGAACGACAACGGUCCCGACGACGAUGCCCUCGAGUCUGCCCAGCGAGGACAGCUGAGAGAAGAGAUCACCAUCGAGUCGAACGCCAUUUUAACGUUCGAACGCAGGGAAGAACGACUGAUGGAUCCGACUGAAGCUCCAAUCAUUCAGCCCGCCGAGGACAUUUGCGUGUCGGUCAUCGGACUCAUCGUGGCCCUUGUCAUCACGGCCCUUCUGGCGCUGGUGGCCGUGGCCGUGGCCGUUUCGUGUUGGCUGAUGGCCUACAGGAGAACGCCGAACGUCAACGGCCCACUGCCGCAUCCGACCCAAGUGCCGAAUCCGAUGUUCAUGAAUCAUGACCGGACGUCUUCCGAACCGUCUCCGGAUUACCUGACAUGA